AGUCAUCGGCAGUAUUUGUUCCUGUGCCCGCAGCUUUAGUCGUCUGUCUCGUAAUCGAAAGUUUUCGUGCGAGGACUUAGUUUACGAGAUAACCGAUAUCUGUGUUUUGUGAGAGUGCGGGUAGCGUUAACAGCAACUGGAAUCGACUGGAUUUACGACCGAGAGGCUCCAUGCUUCGCUGAGAAUUAUGUCGGAUACUGGCGCAGGAUUACGAUCGGUCACACGUCAAGUCAGCUGACAUAUUGCGCCCUGCUACACCGCAACAGCUCUUGAUUUGUUAACGAGCUGUUCACGAAAAACAAUCAUAGGAACAAGUAGAGCUGGCCGCGACGACAAUAAAAGGACUACGAAACCGCGCUCGAAACUUGUACAAGUCAUCAUACAUGAAAUUCUCCCCAUUUUUUUUCACGUCUUGCUGCGAAGAGCAUCGGGAGACAAAGCGAACGCGCGCAUUUAGUGGCCAGGCGAUUUGCGCCGAGAUUCACGAACCAGGGCUUGAAGGAGAGACUCUCCCGAGCGACGGCUCUUCGCUAUCGAUGGCACGUCGUCUAACAUCGCGAUAAGGAUACACGGGGAACCCACUUAAAUGCCUCGAACCAAUUCUUACUCCAUGUUGUGCAUUGGUUGCGACACGACUGCGUGUUGGAAAGUGAAUAUAUGGUGACACGCGGUCGUGAAGGAGCAACCAGAGAGCGAGCUGUGGCAAGAGACACUUACUUAUCCCUUAUUUAGCUGAUUGCAACUACUCGCUAUUCGUCGAGUGAUUGCAAAUAAUAAAGAAACAAGGACUUGUUUGAUUGCAAAAGUUCUAUUGGGAUAAACAGGAGAAAUGGAACGAGAGUCUAAUCCAAUGCAAGCUCUGUGCCGUAGUGGCUGUGGAUUUUAUGGCUCACCAGCCACAGAUGGCCUUUGUUCUCUUUGUUAUAAAGAAAACCUAAAAAAGAAGCAGCAACCUCCUGUGUCAGCUGCCACUGUACAGACAUCACAGACCGUAUCUGGUAACGCUGGCACGUUGCAAGGCGGUUUUGGUAGCCCUGCAGCUACAGGAACAACAGCCCAACCUACCAUUCCUACUAUACCUCAACCAACGACAGAUCUACCCAAUCCCAAAGAAAUAAACAGGGAAGAUCAAGAAAGUGAAGUAGGCAUAAGCAGUGGAGCAGUAGCAGAAGGUUCAGUGAGUAGCGGGGACGCAGACGACUGCUUUGACGGCAAAGAGACUGACAAAGAAUCUAAGAAGAAGAAAAAUCGUUGCGCAGUGUGUCGCAAAAAAGUUGGUUUGACCGGAUUUGAGUGUCGUUGUGGAGGACUGUUCUGCUCUGUGCAUCGAUACAGUGACAAGCACGACUGCAAGUUUGAUUACAGAGAAAUGGGCGCUCAAGAAAUUCGGCGCAACAAUCCAGUUGUUGUUGGUGAAAAAGUGCAAAAAAUUUGAACUAUUUAGUGCGUAGUCGUUGGGAAAAUGGUUAUAUAACUAUAUAAACAAACAGAAUAUAAAACGGAGAAAACGAGAUAAAUUAUCUGGCAGCUGAUUGCACGUCGAGGGGCGAAACGGGUGAAUGCGAGUUCAUGAACGAAAGAGAACGACGCGGAAAUACGUGUACGUGCUUGCGUGAGUGAGACGAAGAGAGAAAGCUGAUUUAGUGAGAAUGUAAAAAGACGAGCGAGAUAGCUAAAUACACAUAUGAGCAAGAGAGAGAAAGAAAGAGAGAGA